UGUGCCCACGUGCUUCCGCACAACAGCAGGUCAGCUGAUUGGAGCGGCACGCGGAAACUGUAAAGUCAAUUGAAAAGCGGCAGUAAGAUCUGCAAAGUGACCGGGCUUCAUCCACACUAACAUUUCAUGUGGACUUUUCUUCCGUGAGCACAACUUUGGGAUAUCAACUCAGAGAGCUUAUCUAAAAAGACAGAGUCAGUGUGACUGUCAGUCUCAGGGAGAGAAAGUUAUGGCACAUCACGAGUCGUUGGUUGCUUUGAAUGGGACUCAGAUUUCCUACAUCGGACAUGACUGCAAGGAGAUUCCGGACAUCCUUGGAGACACUUAUGGCCAUUUUGCAAGAAGGCUGGAUCUGAGCUUCAAUCAGCUCAGGUCACUGGCAGGCCUCAAAAUGUUCACUGAGCUGGAAGAGCUGGUCGCUGACAACAAUCUGCUUGGAAAUGACCUCCGGUUACCCAGGUUACCCAACCUCCACACCCUAACACUCAAUAAGAACCAACUGACUGAUAUCGAGGCCCUGCUGGAACACUUGGCUGACGUGACCCCGUCACUGGAGUACCUAAGCCUGCUGGGAAACGAGGCCUGCCCCAACCAGCUGGUUAGCCCGGAUAAGGAUGAGGAUGACUACCAGAGAUACAGGUACUUUGUUCUGCACAUGCUGCCCCAGCUGAAGUUCCUGGACACGAGAAAAGUCACCAGAAAAGAAGUGAUGGAGGCACAGGCAAGAGGAGCAUUCAUGAAAGUGGUUAAACCCAAGUCGGAAGCUCCACCUAAUGAGGCUGGAUCUGUGAGUCAGCCACUAUCCUACACUCCUCUACCCCGAGGAUCAAGAGAUGCCAGGAACCACAAAGGGGUCUUCGCCAAGUGUCGCUAUGUCUACUAUGGCAAGCACUCAGAAGGCAACAGAUUCAUCCGGAAUGAUCAACUCUGAUGGACAGCUGGUCAGGUGUAAAGAGGGACAUGUAUGACAAUGGGUGUUAAGGAACAGAGGAUCAAAUUAAUCUCUUAUUUAUUAAGAACCACUGCUGAUAUGUGAUCAAAAGAUGUUGUUAUGGUUAUGUAAGGGGGAUGGGGGUUUUUUUGUGUGUGUGUUUGUUUUUCUUUUUCUUUUUUAAAGUUUAUAUUCCAGCCCCAUAGUUACGGCCUCCACUGCUGAGCUGGGUCUGCCUCUGCCUCCCUGCUUCCAGCUUAGAGUCAGAGAUGACACUCCCACUGACAUGAUUGCCUGUAAGCAUCAGCAACCACACAACUCCAGACACACACACACACACACACACACACACAGACGCACACACAGACGCACACACAGACGCACACACAAGGACAGUCUUUUCUCUCUUACACACAGUCAGUGACAAACAGACCUAGCCAAUUGCAUCCUUUUCUUUGACAGCCAUGAUGGAUCACCCAUCCACUACCGUCACUAAUCAAGGGUGAAAGGGGUGACGGUCACACACCUGGGGCCUGACAUGAACUCAUCUCUCUCAUUCUCUUUCUCUCUUAUACUCGCACACACACACACACACUCCCACACACCUAACUGCUGUUUAAAACAUUAAUACAUUGCAAAGAGUUUGACAGGUAAAGGUUUACCUGGUUAAACAUACCUAAGAUUUACAGUCAAAACUUGAGGCAUUAUCAGUCUGCCUUGUUUAGUUUAAAGAAGAAUGCUUCUUGUGUCUUUUCUUUGAAUGUUUUUAUUGAUUGAAUUUUAUCUUUGUGUUUCUUUGUCUGUUAUGAGUAAUGAUUUGGUCAGUUUAUUUUGCUAGUGUGUAUAUGUUAGCAUGUGUAAUUUGAAAAAAAAAAAAGCUGAUGUAUCACGGAUUUAAGGUCAAAACCUUCCCAAUAUCAGCUUGAGAAAAACAAGUUGGGACCAAAUAUGCAUAUACACUUUCCAGGUAUAAUCAUGUAUUAUUAUGGUGUUAUUAUCUCAUGCCUUUCUCAUUGCAUGUCUCCAACUUUCACCUUCAUACUGAAACAGUUACUUUAUUAUUUGCAUUGCAUUGUGAUGCAAGUCAUACUGGUGUAUUCCAGGUUUGCAAGUUGUGUAAAUGUAUAAAUGUAUGACAAAUCAUUGUUAUUUCACCAUUUCCAGAUUGAAAAAAUCCAGUAAAAAAACAAAACAAUGGAUAGUGAAAAUACAGAGGCCAUAUUUCAAGGUAAAACAACAUAUUUGAUAACCUAUUAGUUAUCAUCUGACAGCAGCAAACAUUUGCCUUCAAUUACUUCAAUAAUAUUACUAUUUGAUAAUGUUACAUGAUUUAAUAGAAAAGUGGUUAAUAAAUUCUGAAAUAUGAAUGCAUGUCUUGGACACAAUUAUUUAAGCCUGGAAGUAAAACACACUGGAUGUAAUCAAACUUGUGGAAGCUAAUGGGUUAUCAUUAAAUGUUGUUUUAACUUGAAAAUUGCUGCCGUGUGAAUGUGGUGAAAUCUUGCUCCAAAUGUGUUCAAAUGUAUUGUUUCUUUGAAUGUUUACAUUGUAUAACACACUUUUAUAAUCUUCAUAGUUUUAAAGUGUUCACACCAACCUACGGUGAAGUGCUGCCAUAUUUUAACGUCUUAUCUAAAGCUCUCCAAGCAACCUUCCAAUGUGAGACUUGGACAUGAAUGAAUGAUGUGAUAUAGCUGAUCUGAUGUAAAAUUGCAUUAGCUGGAUGUCUCCAAGUGAUUAAAAGGGUUUAACUAA